CAAAAUGGAAGAAGUCGCCAAGUUUUGGAGGGAUCAACUACGCUGCACUUCCUCUCCGCCUGAGCGCAGCUGUCAGGAAUAUUCAUGAACUCGCUCGAUGGAAUAACUUUAUUUCAUAAGUGGAUGCAUGAAACAAGCCACGAAGAGCCACGAUGAGUGUUUCUAUCGGCGACAGGAUCGAGGAUUUUAAAGUCCUCACCCUCCUUGGCAAAGGGUCAUUUGCCUGUGUUUACCGGGCAAAAUCCGUGAAGACUGGCUUGGAGGUGGCGAUAAAAACGAUUGACAAAAAGGCCAUGCACAAAGCUGGCAUGGUGCAGCGUGUCACCAAUGAGGUGGAAAUUCACUGCAGACUGAAGCAUCCAUCCAUACUGGAGCUGUACAACUACUUUGAAGACAGCAACUACGUUUACCUGGUGCUGGAGAUGUGUCACAACGGAGAGAUGAGCCGCUACCUGAAGGAGCGGAAGCUGUCGUUCUCUGAGGAGGAAGCGCGUCACUUCAUGCAUCAGAUCGUGAAGGGGAUGCUCUACCUGCACACACACGGCAUCCUGCACCGAGACCUGACGCUGUCCAACCUGCUGCUGACCAGCAACAUGAACAUCAAGAUCGCAGACUUCGGUCUGGCCACGCAGCUCAAGCUCCCCAGCGAGAAGCACUUUACCAUGUGCGGGACGCCCAACUACAUCUCCCCUGAGGUGGCCACGCGAAGCGCCCACGGGCUGGAGUCGGAUGUGUGGUCACUGGGCUGCAUGUUCUACGCCUUCCUGAUGGGCCGGCCGCCGUUUGACACCGACACAGUCAAGCACACGCUGUCCAAGGUGGUCCUGGGGGAGUAUGAGAUGCCUGGCCACGUGUCAGCGGAGGCGCAGGAUCUGAUCCAGCAGCUGCUGCAGAGGGACCCGGCACAGCGGCCCAGUCUCUCGGCGCUGCUGGAUCACCCCUUCAUGACCAAGAGCUUGCUGGCCAGGACCAAAGAGCCGACCCUGGCAGACGAAGGCUCCAUGGACAGCGGCAUCGCCACCAUCUCCACGGGCUGCACGUCCUCCACCUCGGGGGGGAGCGGCAACACCCGCCUCCAGAGGCGAGCCAGGCAGGUGAUCGGCUCCACGCUGCCCAGCCGUAUGACACCCAUGACCGGCCUUCCCCAGGACCAGUGGCACCAACCGGGUCCCCGUCACCGGGAGGGCAGGCCGAUGCAGGGUGGGCAGCCUCCCUCUCGCUACCAUCGGAGGGCGCACUCCUCGGACCGUUCCUCUGGGCCGGUCCACGCCUCCGGUCAGGUUGAGCUCAGCAGGUGUCACUCAGAAGAGUCCAUGGCCGGCGUCGGGCGCCCAGCAUUCCCCUCGCACUUCUCAGACACGGGUCGCCUCCCGUCUCCUCCGGUCAAGCAGUCCGCACACUCCGGGUAUUCCUCGUCUUCAUACCCGCCCAACUUCCAGCUGGAGGAACAAGAGGGAGUGAGCAACUGGCUCAAUAGCGACGGCUCCGGCUUCAGGCCCACAGACGUCAACAGCAGCAGGAGCUUCCACGGCAACAGGGAGCUUCUGGAGGUCCACACUUCCUGGACAGACAGGCCUGGUCCUCUCCAUCAUCAUCAUCAUCAUCAGCAGCAGCAGCAGCAGCCAGAAAACAUCCUGGGCUCACACUUCCAGCCUCCUCACUCCAGAGACCUGCCGGACAAGUCCAGCGUGGACAGGCAGAAGAAGACCCUGAGGGACGUUGUGCCGCAGCUGUGCGCCUCCAGACUCAAGCCCAUCAGGCAGAAGACCAAGAACGCGGUGGUCAGCAUCUUGGACUCCGGAGAGGUCUGCAUGGAGCUCCUCAAGUCUGUCAGUGGUCAAGACCGGGUCAAAGAGGUCCUGAGGAUAUCCUGCGACGGGUCCAUGGUGACCAUCUACCAGCCCAACGGUGGGAAAGGAUUCCCAGUUCUAGACUCUCCUCCUGCUCCGCCUGAGGACAUCCUCAUCUGCAGCUACGAUGACCUCCCAGAGAAGUUCUGGAAGAAGUACCAGUACGCCUGCAGGUUUGUGCAGCUGGUCAAGUCAAAGACCCCCAAGGUGACCCUCUACACCCGCUACGCCAAAGUCAUGCUGAUGGAGAACUGCCCUCAGGCCGACCUGGAGGUCUGCUUCUAUGAUGGCGCCAAGACCCACAAGACCUCCGAGCUGCUGCGAGUGGUGGAGAAAAGCGGCAAGUCAUACACCGUGAAGGGCGAGGUGGGCCUGAGCGGGCUGAGCCCGGAGAGCCGGGUGUACGUGGAGCUGUCGGAGGAGGGUCACCGCACCUGUCUGUCCCUGGAGGCCGCCAUCGCGCAGGAGGAGCAGCGUAGCAGCAGGAAGACGCCCUUCUUCCCCAUCACCAUCGGCAGGAGGCCUCCUCACGCCGACUCCCCCGUCCCAUCCGCGGUGCCGCCCAACCCUCCUGAGACAGCGUCGCCCCCUCAUCCACAGAUCACUCCUUCUAUGAUCUCCUACGACGGUGGCUCCGACUUCACCUCGGCCAGUCUGGGGAAGAAGAGCUCCCCUCUGAGGAAGGACACGGGGAAAGUGGUCAAGUCCAUAUUCGUGCCCAACGUGGGCUGGGCCUCUCAGCUGACCAGCGGCGAGGUGUGGGUCCAGUUCAACGAUGGCUCUCAGCUGGUGGUUCAGGCCGGAGUCUCCUGCAUCACGUACACGUCUCCAGACGGCCGCGUCACCAGGUACAAGGAGAACGAGAAGCUACCGGAUCACGUGAAGGAGAAGCUUCACUGCCUCUCCACCAUCCUGGGACUGCUGGCGAACCCCAGCACGCACCAUCAGCCGCCGCCGCCACCGCCACACUGACGCACACUCCGGGCCUUGUUGUAAAUAUUUUACAUGUACAGAAGCUGAAGAUAAUGUAAAAGAGAUAUUUUAUUUUCUUAUGGGAUCAUGGUGUGUACAGGCUUUUAACCGACCCACUUUUAUGAAUUGUCAAACUGAGCCCCCUGCUGGUGAAUUUGUAGAAAAGAAAUUAAAGUACUUGGUGACU